AUGGUGUUGGUGUUGAUUGACUUCAGCGUGGGCGAGAUGCGUGGCGGCGGUGGCGCCGUCUCUUCGCCACGCGAAGGGUCUUUUGCGUACACCUCGCCGAUCCUCGCCUCGCGGCGCACGUCUCAGAGGGGCGGCGGGCCCGUGGGGGCGCAGCGCGGUCAGCUGGGGGAGUUGCGCGGGGGGAAUAGGGGAAGGGCGGCGGCAGCAGCGUCGUCUUCUCCUACGAGGCACGGCAGUUUCCUUCUGGCGGGUCUGCAAAAGGAGCACGGUGGUUUUUUCACCCCGUCAAGGCGGUCAACCGUCGCGAGUGCCGCUUCCGCCCCCACACUGGGCGCUGCCCUGUGGACGGCCUCGACGGGUCACGAGUACAACAUUCCCGUGGAGGGGGCGCCGUCGCCUUGCCAACAGGUGGUGGGGGUGCCUAAAAAGCGAGGGCCGCUUGCUGCAUCGGUGGAGGGGUUGGACGCGGUGAGGGAUGAGAAGUUCCUGUGGUCUGGGCAGACUCCGCUCCAGACGCGGGGAACUUCUUCAGCGCCGAUGAAGUCCGCAGGGAGGGGUCGGUCACAUGAGAGUCUCAUGGCGCCGAAGUGGGAGACGACCGAUCGAAUUGAAUCCGUGGCACGGAGGCAGGCGAUGCAGCUUAUUGCUGCAGCGCAGGGAGCAACCCUUCCUAUGGGCGUGAAAACAGCGGGUUUUCUUGGCGACCCCGCAGCUGACGACUGCGACCACGACGAGACGGCGUGUGUUGCUCUCUCAUAUUCUUUUGAAGCGGAGCUGCGUGGGCGGCUGCUUGUCGAGCAUGUGGCGCUGUGGUUACAGGAGGACAUUGCACGGCAAAAGCUGCACAUGUGCGAAGACCAUGCACGCCGCAUGGUGCUGAUGCAGAUGGCGGUAACCAUGCAGGUUGCGCAAAAUAAGAGGCAGCAUGCAGCGCGUAGACGAGGAUUUGAGUCUAAUGCGACACAGUUGGCUCAGGAGGAGCGGGAUACACUUCUUGCCAGUAUUGGCAAUCUUGAAACAGAAGAGGAGGAGCUUCUGCAACGCGUUGAGCGCGUGGAGCAGCAGACGACGUGGAACCAGCAGCAGCUCUCUAUGCAGGAACAAGAAACCCUGGCAUACAUAAAAAUGGAGCGUCAUGCGAGGAUUGGCCAGUUGCGGCAGCUGGAGUUGCGCCUGGAGGAGGCGCUGGAGCGACGAAAGCGGGUGGUGUUGGAUACUGCGUUUGGGCACAAUCAGGGUUCUCUCCUCUCCUUCACUGCGCCUCGCCGUCGUGACAGUUCGCGGGGAGUCAAGGAAACCGACGCUGCACCGCGGUGCACCCUUCGAGGCACGACCUUCCUUGGAGACCAUCACAGCGAGUAUUUGCCUGAACACACGCCGGACUCUGCUUCCGCAGGAAAUGCGCCGGUAAUUGCGGCGAAAGACGCUAUGGCUUCUUGCCGUGAAUUCGCAACUUAUUCCACCAGCUUUUCUUCUUUUCCGACGGCUCCCUUGCUUCCCGCCGCUUUAUCCGUCUCCCCCAGCACCGCAGGCAGAGGGGCAUUUGCUACCGUGCUGCGAGAGGCUAUGACAGCAGCAACCGCGCUGCGGCAAAAAUGA